CACGACACGGAGGAUGCCAUUGAACAACUGGCUUAUCUAACGUUGGAUGCUACUCGAGCUGUCUUCGCCAUCGUUCUUCUGUUCUCCACCUUACUAAAAUUGUUGUUUAUUGGCCUCUUAUUUAAGACUCAGAGUUACAUAUCAAAAUAUCUUCAGGAUAUGGAUUUCGACAACAUAUACAUUGGAGAUGUUUAUGAAAGGAUAGACGAAAGACGGAAAAAUGAGUCACGAAUGUACCUACUGCCACUGAAGUCUCAUGAAAGGAAAACCGUCUUUUGGCACAAAAUAGGCUAUACAGGUGCAGAGUGGGUGCGGGCAAUAAAGGCCGUGAUCAAGUCGACCAUUCUUGGAAUCGGUUUGACAAUGCUUUUUGCUGCGGACAACUACUUGCACAGUCUCAUGUACGUCCUUGAUGUAGUUACGCAAGGUGAUCUAAAGUUGGGCGGCAGCAGUGGGCAGUCCAACACGGCAGCUGCUGCAACACUACUCGCUGGUGAUGGUUUUGCUGCAGAGCUGAUAAAAGGCAUUUUAGACGGUUUCCUUAAUCUAAUGAACAUCGACCUUACAUAUAAAUUGAGUGGCUGCGCACCUAAAGUCAUACUUUCUUCUCAUGAUUUGAGAUUUCGGUUUGGCAUUUUAUGGGCAACAUUACUGCUGCUCGGUAUAUUUUCAGGAUACUUGCUUCGUUUACGUCAUAUUGUUGUGGGUUUCUUCUACCCCAUGGCACAUCAAAGGAGGCAGGUGCAUUUGUAUAAUACAAUGCUGGCUAAUCGGAUGAGGGAUCUUAAUACGAACAGAAACUUACUUGUUCAACGUGUCAAAGAAAAUCGCCUGCAGCACGAAGUGCGUCUGCUUUCCAAGCCAUCCAUGAUUGCUGAGGUAGCGCCCAAACUAGCAAAAGUGUUGAGAUUAACCAAGGGAACUUGUGUCAUCUGUCGUGAUACCAGGGAGCCAGGAUCGGAGAUGUACAUCUGCCCUGUGGACGGCUGCGCCACUUGUCAUCAAUGUCAGCGUAUCAUUUCAAAUGAUCCUGAGUUUUGUGUUGCCUGCGUGGAUCGCAAUGAGGCUAGCAUCACGGACGCCUUAGGCAAAUUGGAGCAAAUAUACAAAAACAGAUCUCCAAACUUGACCUAA